AACUUCAUCUCUUUAUUUCAACACAUUACAAGAAAUCUCCUUUGGAAUUUUAUCAACUCUUUUUUGAGUAUGUCUGUCUCUUUCUGCAUUAUAGAAACCAAUCAAUAUAUAACUUUUUUUCUCUCUUCUAUAAGACUCACGGGAUUUGAUUCCCUCUAAUUAUUAUUAUUAUUAUUAAAUUCUCCUUUAUUCUUAACAUUAAAAUCUCUCCCUUCACUUUUUUUGCUCUCUCUUUUCUUUGUCCUAAACUACUUCAUUAUCUUAAACUCAUGUCUCUCACUUCUUUGUUUCUUUUCUUCAUUUUUUUGACUAUAACUUCAUCAAGUUUAGGACUACUAAUUAGUAGCAAUAGCAACACUACACACACACCUCGUCAACUUAGAGUUGAUUACUAUGCAAAAUCUUGUCCACAAAUAGAACAACUUGUUGGUUCAGUCACUUCUCAACAAUUCAAAGAAUCACCUGUUUCUGGUCCUGCCACAAUUCGUCUCCUCUUCCAUGAUUGCUUUGUAGAAGGAUGUGAUGCAUCAAUUUUAAUAGCAUCAAAGCCAGGGAGCAAGGAAUUGGCAGAGAAAGAUGCUGAGGAUAAUAGAGAUUUGAGAGUGGAAGGUUUUGAGACCAUAAAAAAGGCUAAGGAAGUUGUGGAGAAAAAGUGUCCCAAUGUAGUUUCAUGUGCAGAUAUUCUAGCAAUUGCAGCCAGAGAUUUUGUUCACCUUGCAGGAGGGCCAUAUUACCAAGUGAAGAAGGGAAGAUGGGAUGGAAAGAUAUCAAUGGCAUCAAGGGUAGGGUCCAACAUCCCUCGUGCAAACUCAACCAUUGAUGAGCUCAUCAAACUCUUCAACUCAAAAGGCUUAACCAUACAGGAUAUGGUUGCUCUUUCGGGUGCUCAUACAAUCGGGUUCGCUCAUUGCAAGAAUUUUGUGACCCGUCUCUACAAUUAUCGAGGCAAGGGUCAACCUGAUCCGAAUAUGAACCCUAAACUGUUGAAUGCUCUUAGAAUGUACUGUCCAAACUUUGGUGGAAACUCAGAUAUUGUUGCCCCAUUUGAUGCUACUACCCCUUUCAUAUUUGACCAUGCAUAUUAUGGUAACUUGCAGAACAAGAUGGGUUUGCUUGCAUCUGAUCAGGCUUUGGCUUUGGACCCACGAACCAUGUCACUGGUUCAAGAUUUUUCAAAGGACAAGCAGAAGUUUUUUCAAGCAUUCGCAGCUGCUAUAGAUAAAAUGAGUUUACUGAAAGUUGUGAGAGGGAAAAAGCAUGGGGAGAAAAGAAGAGAUUGUAGCAUGCAUAUGUGAGAACUGAGAUAGAUAUAGUUUACACAAUUCUUGCAUUUAUAACUGGAUUCAUUGACUUCAAGUUUUCUUUUAUGGAGUUCAUUUGUUUAGUACAGUUAUAAAUGCAGCAUAUUUUUUGCCAAGGUUUAUCUUUUAUUUAUUUAUCC